UACCCAGCAUGAGCUCCUACUUCGUCAACCCCCUGUUCUCCAAAUACAAAGGCGGCGAGUCCCUGGAACCGGCCUAUUACGACUGCCGGUUCCCUCAGAGUGUGGGCAGGAGCCAUGCGCUGGUGUACGGGCCCGGCGGCUCGGCGCCCGGCUUCCAGCACGCCUCGCACCACGUCCAAGACUUCUUCCACCACGGCACCUCCGGCAUCUCCAACUCGGGCUACCAGCAGAACCCGUGCUCGCUUAGCUGCCACGGAGACGCCUCCAAAUUCUAUGGCUACGAGGCGCUCCCCAGACAGUCCCUUUAUGGGGCUCAGCAAGAGGCGAGCGUGGUGCAAUAUCCCGACUGUAAAUCCUCCGCCAACACUAACAGUAGCGAAGGACAAGGCCACUUAAAUCAAAACUCGUCUCCCAGCCUCAUGUUUCCAUGGAUGAGACCCCACGCUCCGGGGCGGCGCAGCGGUCGGCAAACUUACAGCCGGUAUCAGACCUUGGAACUAGAAAAGGAGUUUCUCUUUAAUCCUUAUUUGACACGAAAGCGCCGGAUUGAAGUCUCUCACGCCCUGGGACUGACCGAGAGACAAGUGAAGAUCUGGUUCCAGAACCGAAGAAUGAAGUGGAAAAAGGAGAACAACAAGGAUAAACUGCCUGGGGCCCGAGAUGAGGAGAAGGUGGAGGAAGAAGGAAAUGAGGAAGAGGAGAAAGAGGAGGAGGAAAAGGAAGAAAACAAGGACUAAGCAAAAAAGAGAAAAAGAAAAAGAAAAAUUCCCUCCUUUUAGCAACUCCCUUGAAGUUUCGUUUUAUGGUAGCAGAUAAAUUGAGAAGUUUACGACUGUCAUUUGCUUUUAUAGAGAAUAGAAUGACACUCACAACUCUAACUACCUGUCAGAUACUUGCAGCUCUGGUUUUAUUACCUUUGGACUCCCCCUCCUCUUUAUUUGUUUGGGGGCUGGAGGGGGGAGAUCCAGACACAGCAAAAAGUUUGGACUCUCUGUCCCACUCCUUGCCCUAACACACAUACUUGGCCCUACUCCCACCUUCUGAGUCCUUCCUGAAUUUUAAGGUCUAUGACUUGGCCUUCUUACCCCCUCUUUCUGCCCCUUCUCACCAUACUCCCACUUCCCUGUUUCUCUGGUAUUUAUUUUAGAGGGGAACCCCCCCAAAAAAAAUGCAGAAGAGGACUCCUGGCUUUGCUUUUAUGCUAGGAUUGGUGUACUAGAUUUACUUUAAAAAAAAGGAAAGGAAAGGAAUAGUAAUAAAAGGAAGGAAAGGAAAAUAAAUGAAAAAAAUUUUAAAGAAACAGGAAAAGAUAGCAAGGAAUAUUCCUUCCCCCUCCUUGAGGCUCCCUACUUAGAAAACCCCCUUGACUUUCUCUAGGAACCUGAUGGAAAACUGAAGGAGAUGUGGGUCUCUUCCCUCCUCCCUUUCUAAAGGGUCACUAGAGGCCUAUGGUCACCUCUGAAAUCCUACCUAGCCAUCCCAUGGUCACUCGGGCCCAUGCCUUCCUUGCCUUCGCUGUUUGAUUUCUGUUCUUUUGGGCCCCGGCUUCCUCUGAGCUGCAGCAGUGCUAGCGCUCAGAAAUCAUCAUAAUCAUGAAAAUAAUAAUAACAAUAAUAGUAAUACUGACAAUAAAUCUUUAACAUACUACCUAAAGGGAACCUGCAAUAACCUUGAAAAAGAAAAUUUAAAAAUCCUACUAUAGGAAAAAAAAGAGAAAAAAAUUAAAACUGAAAAAAAAGAGAAAGAAACCUCCAACGUAUUUUAUCACUACCUAUAGAAAGAAAUCCUGCUUUGAGAGUAUUCGUAAUGCGGUUUUGUUGUCGUUUGUUGCUGCUUAUUUCACUAAGAAGAACCCAACAACUGAGACUGCCUAGCCCGCCGGUCCUGUGCGCUUUUAUUGUGCUUCUAACCCCAGUAGAGUAGAACUAAAUUGCACUGAAUGUAUAGUUAACUCUGUCUUGAAUUCUCUGUUUAUGCAACAUGCUCGAAAGAAAAAACGUUAAAAAUAUAUCUAUAAUAAUAAUUUUUGGUCAUUUGUCUUUAUGUCCAGCUAUGAAUGUAGAUUUUGUGUCCCGACAGCCCUGUUCCUGGUCCAAGUACUUUGUAUUGUAUACGUGAGUCAUAAUAAAAAACAAAAAGGAGAAAA